UGGGUUGCUCUGAACUCGGACGGAUCGGUGAUCAAUGGCCAAGCAGCAGCGGGAGGGGUUCUAAGGGACGAGAAUGGGCGGCUAGUCAGAGCAUUUUCGAUGAAGUUGGGCGAGGCUUCCAUUAAGAGAGCUGAACUGGAGGGUUUAGUGAAGGGAUUACAAGUAGCAUGGAACGAGGGACUCAGAUGCAUCAUGGUACAAACGGACUCGCAAACUGCCAUCAAGCUCAUUAAGGAAUCCGAUAACCGACAUCCUCACUUCCUCUUGGUGCAAGAAGCACGUCGUUUGCUGGCACUCAAUUGGCAGGUUCAGCUGUUACAUAUCUACAGAGAGGGCAACUUCAUUGCCGACUACUUGGCCUCGGCAGGCCAUAAACUCCUACAGGGAUUCCAUUUCCUUGAAGAGCCGGACCCAACGUUAAAUUACUGGAUGUAUUUCGAUUUUAUUGGGGUGGAAACGCCCCGUAUGGUUGUUAGUUGA